AUGGCCGGCUUCCUUCCUCUUUUCUCUGACGGUCGUGUCGAAAAAGCGGCAACGGCAAAAGGAAGUGAAGUAGGCAUUGGCUGUUGCAUUGACAGAAGGUACGCGCUAGUCAAAUUCCAAGCUAGAAAUGGAGGGUACUUCCGGUUCGUGCACAAAAUGAUCAUACCCGUUCGUUGUUUCACCUGUGGAAAAGUGAUUGGAAACAAAUGGGAGGCAUAUUUGGGGCUCUUGCAGGCUGAAUACACCGAAGGAGAUGCUCUGGAUGCACUAGGCCUCAAAAGAUAUUGCUGUCGAAGAAUGUUACUGGGACAUGUAGACCUCAUCGAAAAACUUCUCAACUAUGCCCCAUUGGAGAAGUAAUAUUGUAGAGAGAACUUAGGACUACCAUGGUAAAUUUGUACUAAGGAUUUUUAUUUGAUAAUUAGUAUUAUAAUUGAGGAAAUGCAAGUGAAAUUGAAUAAUCAUGUUCGGGUUUUCAUUUUCAAUUAUUUUUUUUAAUAAAGAACAUUUGUUUAAAA